AUGGAUCAGCAAUAAGCAGAUAUUAAAGAAUUGUUAUCGCUUUAUAAUAAUGCUAUCUAGAUCAAAAAAAGAGCUGAAAAGAAACUGAUCCGUUUUACUAAUUGUCUUUCAGAAUUAGAUAGAAGAAAUUGUGGAUCAGAUAUUAUAGAUUAAAUCAAUGUGGUCAGACAAAAAAUUAAAGAAGAAAGAAAGAAUUAAGCAGAAUAGACUGUUAGAAAUUCAUAUGUCUAAUUACAAAAUUAAAUGGAUUAAAGUAGCUUAAUACUUAAAUAAAAACUUUCAGAAAAAGAACUAUGUAUUUCUUUCUUAUAUUAUUAUCAAGAACUUGAAUCUAUGGAAUUAGAGUUUAAAUGUUAAUUAUAGUAAUAAUAAUAAGUAAUUAACAAUCUCAAUCUAUAAAUUGAAGAGGUCAAAGAUUGUAAUUAUUAUUCUUUAUUUUAAUAGAUAAUCAAGAACAAAUUUUUAGUUUGACUCAAAAGAAUCAAUAACUACUUAAUCUCAUUGAAGACUUAAAUAAACAAAUUGCAGAAUUAAAAUAAAGUACUUUUAUCUGUGACAUUUUAGUUUUGGAACUCUAUCAAAACGAAGAAUUCAAAUCUCAAUAAAAUAACAGUAUUUUUUUGGUAUAUUUUAGGUUCCAUCAGAAUUUCUCAAAAUUCAUAAAUAGUCUAGAAUAACAAAAAACGUGGAAGCCAAGGAGAUAAUCAAACUACUGAAUCAAUCGAUCAGUGUUAAUUUGAAACUUUGGCUUCUGAUGUCAAGUAUUAAGAAACUUGUGAAAAUUUUGAUGAUGAAAUCCUAUUAGGAUCAUCUAAUCAAUGUGCUGAAUCUAAAGGUAUUCUUCUUAUAAUUUAAUUUAGAUUUCUAAUCUCCUAUUAGAAUUUAGGAUCAAUUAUGUAAUCAAAAUUAAAUUAAUGAAUUAACAUUUACAAUUGAAGAAUUAAAAGAAUAAAUUCAAAGUAACUUUAAUUGCUAAUUUAGAUUUACAACAGGAUAAAUAAAAAUUAAUAGAUAGUUUAAAUGAUAAUCAGAAUAAUUUUAAUAGUUUUAAACAAAAUACUUAACUAAAUGAGAUAAAUUUAAAUAAUUAAAUUAAGAAUUUAAUCGAAGCAAAUUAAGGUAUUAGUAAGUUAAUUCUGUUUAGAACUUCUCAAUAAAGAGUAAAACUUUUAGAUUUAGAUUAUUGAAUAGAAGAAUGAAAUUUUGAAAUUACAAAAAUUUAAUGAAAAUUUCGAAUUAUCUUAAUAGUUAUUAAAAUAAAAGGAUGAAUAGAUUUCUAAAUUAAAUGAAGAAUAAGAAAUAACUAAAUCUUAAAUACAAUCAUUUGAAGAAUAAUUGGCAUUUAUUCCUAAAUUAAAAGAAGAAAUUCAACAUCAUUAAAAUACAAUAAUAAAAAAAGAGGAAGAAAUUUAAAAUUUAUAAUAAAGCAUAGAAGGUAUAAACAAUUUUAAUUUUUUAAAGGUGAACAGAAUCUUAAAAUAGAAUAAUAAAAAUGUAAUUAGAUUUUAAAUGAUAAGAUAAUCGAAACCAAAAAUUAAUUGGAUUAAUAAAUUUAAUCAAACACUUAAUUGUAAAAUGAAAAUUAAAGUAUUUAAGAAUAAUUAAUUUAAUAGGUUUAAAUAAAGAAAAGGAAUAAUUGACAGAUGAAAUAAUUUAAUUUAAAAAAGUAUCAGAAUGUAAUUUUAAUUAAUAAUAUUAGAAUUAACAAUGAAAAUAAAGGAUCUUGAAAAUUAGAUUGAUAAUUUAUAGAUAAAUAAAAUAGAAUUAGAUAAAAAUUUGAUUUAAAAUGAGAAUGUAAAUGAAAACAUAAAUAAAAAUCAUUAAAAUUUGGCAACUUAAGUCUAAGAAUUAAUUUAAUAAUUGAGUGAUUUAGAAAUAUUAAAGAAAGUAUUAGAAUAAGAGAAUAAGAAAUAAAAUAAAGAGAUUGAGAAAUAUAUUGAGUAAGGAGGUGAGUUAAGAGUUUAAUAGGAAGAGUUGGAAUAAAAAUAUUAAAAAAUUUAAUAAGAUUUGAAUGAAUAAGUAAUAGAUAAGGAGAGAAUGGAGAAUGAAUAAAAUGCUUUAAGAAAGGAAUUAGAAUGUAAUGAUUAUAAAUUAAUUUUAAGAGUAUAAAGUAUAGAAUUAGUAAUUAAAAGAAGAGAUAAAUGGGUUGAAAAAGAAUAUUGAGGAAUUAAGUAAAAUAAAUAGUAGUAAAGAUUUAUAAAGAGAUGAAUAAAUAAAGUUUUAGAAAUAAUUAGAAAAUUAAUACAAAAGUAAGAUAAUUAAUUAAGAAAUAGUUCUUGAAGAGGAAUUUAAGGAGGUUAAAUAAUAAUCAUAAGAAGAAUGUAGUAAAAUAGCAGAAAGCUAUAAAGAAGAAUUGAGAUUAAUGUAGGAAUAAUUAAUAAAAAGUUCUGAGAAUAUUAAAUAAUAUUCACCAGUUCGAGAUACAAAAUUAGAAGAUAAAUAUAAGGAAUAAAUUAAUAGACUGAAUGAUGAACUUAGAUUAAAUAAAUUGUAAAUUGCGUAAUUUUCAGCAGUAAAUAAUUAAUUAAAGCAAUAACAAAAAGAUGUUGUAUUAAAGUUGUAAAAUGUUUUAAAAUUGGCUCCGGCUGGUGAUUAAGAUCUAAAUGAUUUAAUUUAAAUAAUAGAAACCAAUUUAUCAAGUAGUCAAAGUAGUCCUGUAAGACCAUUUCCAAAGAGAACUAGUUUUAUGGAUACAACAAAAAUGUUAAUAAAUAAAUCAAGACCUUCAAUAGGUUCUAAUAGAGGUUCAGUCCUUAUGUCUUAGAAUUAAUUACAUGAUAAUGGAUACAGAAAUAGUUUAAAUAUUUAAAAGGUUCCAUCGAGCAGUUAAAGCAAUACAGAUUUACAAAAGAUUCUAGAUGAUGUAUCAGAUUAGGAUAUUAUUUAAUUAUGA